AUGGACAAACUUAAGAGCUUUGACAAGAGAUUCUUUCUCCGAGUAGGCUCCGCCUUGCUUGCUUUCACUGCCAUGAUAAGUGCUUUCAGCGCAAUAGCCAAGAAAGACUGGGGUCUGGCGUUGGGUUUGGGGGUCGUCGGUUUCCUUGGACUAGCUGAGAACUUAAUUGUGGCCUUCCUGCGGAAAAGAGGUAUUGGCAGCACCAAUAAUCGUUUGCAUGCUGCACUUGACAUUGCCGUCACCGUGCUCUGGGCCAUCUUGCCUUUUGGACUGGUGAUUUUCUGGCAGUCCCAACUGAAGAACGGUAAGGCCGACAGGGCCAACGAGGGCUCUGUCCUUAGACUGAUUGUUUGCUAA